UUCCCAAAAACUAACCCCUCUCUAAAACGACGAGCUAAAAAAGGGUCGAGUUAUCUUUAAUUACCGUUCAUUUACGACUUUUAUUUUGGAAGCAAAAUAUCAAAAUCUACCCGGAAGUGAAAUCAACUUUAUUUCCUAUUGUUGAUACAGUCUGGCGUAACUCCGCAUCUCCUUCUUUAUCGAACCCGGGGUUUUAUCAUGAGUUUUAGCUGCGAGUGAGGCUCAGUUUGUUGCACUGUUUAUUUAUUUAUUUUUUGCUCGUUUUUCCUCUCUUUUCGGCUAAAAAAUAAAAGAAAGAAAGGAUUUAUUGUUGAGAGACUAAAGGCGCGAGUCUUUCUCUCGCCAUGGCCGAGCCGCGUUGUUUUCAAACCCAGCUGAACUCCAUCAUGGAGAUCAUGAGCAGGGCGGUCGUGAGGCAGAUCUGCAAGAUCGUAGACAGCGACUUGGCGUCUUUACGACUGGAGCUGGAGCGCGCGCUUCACGACAACGCGGCUCUGGGAGACAAAAUGCGCGUGCUCGAGAGCGAAGUGGAAACUCUGCGGAAAGCGGGAGCGCGCGCUCCGCGCAAGAGCUGCCGGUCUGUGUGCAUCCAGACAUCAGAAGUCGCUCCACCAUCCAUUAACGGCAUCUUCGGGAAGGAGUGGUGCUCCAGUCUGUGGGACAGGAGGCCCAGGACAGAAGAGGCGGCGGUCGAGGUGGAGCCGGAUGUGUCUGAUGAGCCUGAAAACGAUGAAGACAGCAAUGUGCGUGCCAUCAAAGAGGAGGUUUCUGAACAGGAAAUCUGCGUCAUCCAUCCAACAUCAAGGCGCAGAAGAAAGACGACCUCCGCUUCAUCAGAUCGUCAUGACGUUUCAGAAGACAUGGCUGAUGACAACGCCAAUGACGACGACAUACACUUCAUAUCUGCAGGAUUUCCGGAGACAUCCGACGUCGACACCAUGGCGCCGGAUUCGCCGAGAGCCGCCGCAACAAAGCUCAUAUCUAUGGAUGGCACUGUUCAGCAUGUCAUAGUGUCGGGCGAUGAUGAUGACAAUGACGAUGAUGAUGUUGAGGAAGAAGGUCAGCUGGAGUUUGAGCAGCACUGCAUGCCCAUUGAGUUUAUGGAGGGUGAACGAGGAGAAGCCGCAGUAUUUGAGAGACAGGAUGAGGUGGAGCAGGAGGUGGAGCAGGACAUUUUAACCGAUUCAGAGUAUAUGACCGGCUCAGGUGGAGGUAGCGGUCACAUUUUUAAUUACUUCGACAGAUUCAAUAUACAUCAGCAACCCGGUCCAGGCGACGACUCGGGCAAGACGGACUUCACCUGUCCCGAAUGUGGGAAGACAUUCUUGCGCAGGAACGGUCUCACGUUGCACAUGAAAAGUCACCAAAAGCAGAACGCGCACGCGUGCCGCACCUGCAAAGUCGUCUUCCCGCAAAAGAACCUCCUUCGAACUCACAAGUGUCUGCCUCCGGAAAAAACGCCUGCCAAAACGGCAGACAUGAGGUUCCGCUGCGAGAUGUGCGGCAAAUAUUUUCACUCCAAAGCCAACCUGAAGGUUCACUACGCCGUGCACACGGGAGAACGGCCUCACACGUGCAGCUUCUGCGGAAGAGGCUUCUCACAGAAAGGAAACCUUACCACUCACGAGCGCAUCCACAAGGGAGAGCGGCCGUACAUCUGCACCAUCUGCGGGAAAAGCUUCACGCAGAAAGGCAACCUGACUCACCACCUGGCUAUUCAUAGCAAGAUAAACGGCAGAAUGAGGAACUCUGUUGAAAAAUGGCAGUGACUUUAUUAUUAUUAUUAUUUUUAUUUUUUUUUACAUGCAGUACGACAAAAAACUGUUGUAUUGAUUUCAUCUCUGGAAAGAAAGUUUUUUAAUCAAAUUUUAUUUCACUUACUGUCUUUCUCUGUUUGUCAGUUUUUUUCAAGUCUUUCAACACUUUGUUUUUUCAAGCGUUUUUUCUAGGUUCUUAACACCAAAAUUACAAGAAACAAAUAAGCUAAUGUGAGAAUUUUGUGUAACUAAUGCCUGAGCCACACUAGAAGAGAAUCAGGCUGAUUCUUGCAGCCGUUUCGUCCUGAUUUUAGGCUGGUCUUAAACAGUUGUGGGUGUGGAGUGUGUGUAUAAACAGAAAUAUGAAUUGGGCUGCGUGGAAAGCAAAAAAUACUUCCUGCAGAAACAAUGUUCAGCUGGCUUUCACGAACGACAUGACGUAAUCACGGAGCGUCGUGUGUAGGCUUCGCUCAUUGGGUCAUGUGUCAAAGACAAGCCUGUGAUUGGUGCAACCACCAAUACAUAACUGCAGAGAGUAUGGAGUUUGUAAGUGUUUUUUUUUUUUUUUUUGCGUAAUCCUCGUAGACGUCGUCUACACAUUAAGCACUCCUGAGCGAGGGCCAGUACGAAGCUUGUUAACUUGCGAAGGUGGUUUUGUCUUCGCACAAUCCUCCGAGACAUUGUCUCCACCUUUGGCAGCUGUAUUGCAUAAGCUCCGCCUCUCAGUAACGAACCAAUCACCUUGUUGGUUAGCAGACAUGCAGAACCUAUUAGGGUAUUAACACAGGGUGCUUCGCUUGCCAUUUCCAUAGAUCUCAUGUUACUUGCUCACAGAUUUUAACACUGACUUCAAAUCUGUGUUCGAAACAUCAUAUCUGGUUUAUAGAAACUGAACAGAACUGUUCGAGAGUAGCACCAAGAUGGCCGCCGAAUAGAUCUUAACUCCUCUGAUCUACACGGUCCAGUCAUGGCCCCAGUUUAAAAUCAUAAAUAAUAAAUAUUUUCCAUGUUCACCACUCAACAAUGAGGGAGUGUUCGUGAACACUGGCUCGUGUUCUAUCGUGAUCAAUAUAAUCAGUGAGAGCUAAACUCUAGUCAUCUGUAAUCUUGUUUGUUCAGGAGGAACUCCAUGAGAUUCUACGAUCUGAGUUCAUUAUUCUUGAGCAGAACCUGAAAGCGUGUGGUGUUUUAUUCUGGGAGGAUGAUCCAGGAAAAAAAAAAAAACAUAUGUCAUCAUAUCUGGCAUCUCUCAUACUUUUUAACGUCAGUUAGGAUGGUAUAAAUGUCAUAGUGUGGCCCAGGCAUAAAGCUUUAAUCUCAGCAUCUCGUUUCUAGUUCAUAUGUCAAUAGUUAAUCUCAAACUACACUUAUAAAAGAAACUUUGAAUUUGCAUCAGUAGUAUGGAUUUUAUGUACCAACCUCAAAUAUAUGAUGUAUUUUAGAAAAAUCUGGUGUGUUGUUCUCAGUGUGAUGAUGAUAUGAAGCACCUUCUACAUACCUUCAAGAAAUUAUAUAUAUACAGUUCUGUGCAAAAGUCUUAGGCACAUGCAAAGAAAUGCUGUAGAGCAAAGAAGCCUUCAAAAAUAAUGAAAUUAAAUGUUUAAAUUAAAAAAAAUACUAUAAAAAGCAGUAAACAGGAAUAAAAGAAACAAAGUCAAUACUGGGUGUGAUGACCCUUUGCUUUAAAAAUAAAUUAGUACUCUCAGGUACAAUUAGUGCAGUUUUAUAAGGAAAUGAGCUGUAAGUGUUACUGAGCAUCUUGCAGAAGCAGCCACAGUUCUUCUGGAGACUUUGACUGUCGACUUGCUUCUUAUUUCUGCAGCGAAACCCAGCAGCCUUCAUUAUGUUUUUAUCUGAAAAGUGUCUCUUAUAUAAUCUGCUGCUUUCUUUACUGACAUACAAACAUUGUUCUGUAACAUUUAAUUUUGUGCUGGAAAACUCAUGUUUGGAAUCUAAAAUGUUUUUGUACUGAUAAUGUAUGAUGUAUAAGUAUAUACUGUAUAAUAAUGUAGAUGAAUAAUGUAGAAGUCAUAAAAUACAAAUCUAUAACAAAGUUUGUACUAAAAAAAAAAUAUAGGGGGCCAAGACUUUUG